AUGACAACACGCAGCCCAGAAUCCACAAGAAGCAGAAAUCCCAACACGCCCCCAACCACCACCACCACCAUGGAUGUCGACAACGACGCUCCCCGUUCCGCUCCUCCUUCUCCCAAAGCAGCAGCUGAUAAUAAAAAUGAAAAGGAUGCAGAGAUGCUAGCAAGUAUGGUCUCCGCCAUCAGCCUCGAUCCAACAUCGAGCAAGGCUCAGAGCAGCAGUUUUGGCAUGAACGCAGAUUCGUAUCCGCUGUUUAAGCAGAUGUUGUGUUUGAUGCAAGCCAUCGAGGCGGAAGUCGAGAGUGGGAGGGAGAAUAAGGAUGGGUCCAGGCUGGCGCAAUUCAAGCGGGUUAUGAGCCCUCUGCUGCCGGCUGCGGAGGUUGUUAUCGAUGAGGAUCGAUGGGGCCUGGUGGUCUCGAUGUUUAUUAAGAUACUGGAAGAGGAUCUGGCUACCUAUGAGCAAGAUAUUGGAGCCGGCUUGGAUGUGAUGGACGAAGGCUCUUAG